CACAAUUAUGUCAUCCAUUUUGAAUACAAUCAGCACUUAUUUUUCCGGUGGAGAAACAAAGAAAGAAGAAGCAGUCGAGGUUGAGCCUGAUCAGUUACCACCUGAAGAUGUCGUUAUACAAGAUUGCAAUAACUGUUCUGCUGAUUGCGACGAUCACCAAACCUAUCCUUCCUAUCUUCAAUUCGAUACCGAGUCACCUUUACUAGGUUCAAUGUCACCUUAUGGACGACACUUGAUGAUCAGUACAGCUCAGUGUGAUUGGGCAGAACGUAUAGAAGAAGACGAAGGCACCCUUGCUGCCGAAUUGAGUGCCAUGAUCAAGGCGAACCCUAUGCCCUGGCGUACGUUUAUUACCAACACAUCUCAUAUUCCCACACACUCAACUACUGUUCAAUGUGCGAUGGAUGUGAUCAUCUUGCCAGAUAACAUCGUCGUCGGUAAUGUCACGGCUGAUGACGCUCAAACCAUCUAUGACGUCUUUGUGAAGCGGCCCUUGCCUGAAGGACCACUAGAAGACGUGAAAGAGGCGUUCAAAUCGGUUGAUCUAAAGGAACUUGGUGUCUAUCCAAACCCAUAUGAAUCAAUGAUUCUCAUUUGUUCACACAGAAAGAGAGAUAAGCGAUGUGGUAUCACAGCACCGAUCUUGAAUCGUGAGUUUGAUCAUGUCUUGAGAGAUUUAGACGUUCAUGAUGGAGAAGGAGGUACGACUGUCUUGAUGGUGAGCCAUGUUGGAGGUCAUAAAUUUGCGGGAAACGUUAUUUGCUAUAUCCACAAGGGUCAGACAGGUAUUUGGUAUGGCCGUGUCAAGUCAUGUCACUGUAGAUCGAUUGUAGAGGAGACGAUUUUGAAUGGAAAAGUGAUUAAGGAUUUGUAUAGAGGAUGUAUGUCCAAUAGCUUUAAAGAAAGUAAAUGUAACAGAAUAAAAUGGUGAAACAGUGACUAUUUAGGAAGACAAUGCUCACAUGAACGGGUCCGAUCAUGUAGUUCAUGAAAACAUCAUGAUCUCUCUAUAUGUCAAAUAUUUAUAUCUCUUGAUGCGGGCAAUGCUCUUGUGCUUAUACAGAGAGAGAGAGUGUGUGUGUACUAUGAGAUAUAGAAUGCAGGAAUCCUUUUUAUUUUCGAGCGAGGGACAGCUGAAUGUUUACGCGUUCCUUUUUGUAUAAAGGAUGACUGUAUUGUAAAGUGAAAUAGUUUCAAAGACAAUAAAGAAAGAGAUGCAUAUUCACUUACCGAACAAAUAUUUACCCUAUUUUUUAUUUACAGAUCAGUAAAGAUCAAAAAGAUUUGUCUAUGAGUAAACAAAUAAGUGAGAAAU